UUUCAGAGUUUGCAGCUGGAGCGGGAGAUGUGUUUGGCUUCAAACUGCACCCUGGCCAGGGUGAACCUGUCCCUGCGCCCACGGCUUGAGGAUGGGAAGGCUUCCUUAGCCAUCAAGUACCAGGAGCUGCGGGAGAUACAAGAGGCAUGUUGGGACAAGCAGCAGCGCCUGGAGGUGUACCUGGAGAAGUGGAGCCCACAGAGUGCCCUGGGCCAGCUCCAAGCCAAACUCGAUGCCUCUGAGGCAGAGUCAGAGGCACAGAUAGAACAGUUCCUGGACCAGGACCUGCCCCUCGAUUCCUUUCUGGAGUCUUUCUGCCAGAGUCGCACGCGCUCCCAUGUCUGCCGGACGCAGCUGGAAAAACUGCAGGAGCUGCUGCUGAAGAACCAGUUGCCUGCCUACCCUGCAGCUCGGAACAAUUAUGCAGACUGCUUAGAAAUCAUCCAGAGCAGCAUGGGGCCCUGUCUCUGGCUACAGAGAACCCCAAAAUAUGAAGACCAUGCAGUGUCUGAUCAUUCCCUCCUCCACUAA